CUCGGGCAAUAAAGCUCUCCUCCCGAUCCCGCGCCGUCGCAUUCCCUAGGGUUUAUCACCGUCUCACACCCCCCCCCCGCAGCCAGCUCGCCGCCGCCGCCCGCUCGAGCGCGGAAGAACCCUAGGCGCCGAGCAAGAUGGCAAGGGGUUUGAAGAAACAUCUGAAGAGGCUCAAUGCUCCUAAGCAUUGGAUGCUUGACAAGCUUGGUGGAGCAUUUGCACCCAAGCCUUCAUCUGGUCCCCACAAAGCCAGGGAGUGCUUGCCUUUGAUCCUUAUCCUCAGGAACAGGUUGAAGUAUGCCUUAACCUACCGUGAAGUUAUUUCAAUCUUGAUGCAGCGUCAGGUUAUGGUUGAUGGCAAGGUCAGGACCGACAAGACAUAUCCAUCUGGAUUCAUGGAUGUUGUAUCGAUUCCUAAGACUGGAGAGAAUUUCCGCCUUCUCUAUGACACUAAGGGACGCUUCCGUCUCCACAGUAUCAGGGAUGAUGAGGCUAAGUUCAAGCUUUGCAAGGUGCGGUCUGUGCAGUUUGGGCAGAAGGGCAUCCCUUUCCUGAACACCUAUGAUGGACGCACAAUCCGCUACCCAGACCCUCUCAUCAAGGCCAAUGACACCAUUAAGAUCGACCUGGACACCAACAAGAUUGUUGACUUCAUCAAGUUUGAUGUUGGGAAUGUCGUGAUGGUGACUGGUGGAAGGAACACUGGGCGUGUUGGGGUGAUCAAGAGCAGGGAGAAGCACAAGGGCAGCUUUGAGACCAUCCACGUCGAGGAUUCACUCGGCCACCAGUUUGCCACCCGCAUGGGCAACGUGUUCACCAUCGGCAAGGACAAGAAGCCGUGGGUGUCUCUUCCCAAGGGCAAGGGUAUCAAGCUCAGUAUUAUCGAGGAGGCGCGGAAGCGCAAUGCUGAGGCUGCUGAGGCUUGAUUUCUUACAUUUUAGGCUACAGAUUGCUGCUGCUGAGGCUUGAUUUCUUACAUUUUAGGCUACAGAAAACCAUUGCUGUAAGCAUUCUAUCAAAAGAUGUAGACGUGCCUGCUGGACGCAUGCAUUGCCAUGGGGCUGUUCUGAACAGUGAAGUCAUGUGCUAUUUUGAACCUUCAAGUAGUUGAUACGCAAUUAUUUUUUGGUGCUUGUUUUUAUCA